UCCAAAAUAAAAAACACGGCCGUCUCAUUGUUUUCUUUUGCUUCCCGACGAGACGCUUGCAAGGGUGGAGAGCAGCCAUCUUCCGGUGGCGGACGGCAGGCUUCCGGCGGCUCAACAAUCUUGUUGUGUCCUACGAGAGACAAAGGGGAUGAGUAUGGCUGUCAUCGAAUUGAAUGAUGACAUGGUCAGAAGCAUGGCCGUGGGGGCGGUUUUCUCUGACUACGCUGGGAAAAUUAGCUCAGUUGAUUUUCAUCGGAAAGAAGAUCUAUUGGUUACAGCUAGUGAGGAUGAUUCUGUGCGGCUCUAUGAUAUUGCUAAUGCCACGCUGCUGAAAAUGACAUACAACAAAAAACAUGGUGUUGAUAGAAUAUGCUUCACACAUCAUCCAAGCUCGAUUAUAUGCUCUUCAAGGUACAAUUUUGCUGCAACAAAUGAAUCACUGCGUUAUCUUUCUCUGUAUGACAAUCGGUGUUUGCGUAACUUCAAAGGCCAUAGAGAGAGGGUGGUUUCUCUCUGCAUGUCACCUGUCAAUGAUAGCUUCAUGUCAGGUUCAGUUGAUCACACUGUGCGACUGUGGGAUCUUCGGGUGAAUGCUUGCCAGGGACUUCUACGAUUGCGUGGCCGGCCUACUGUUGCUUAUGAUCAGCAAGGACUUGUAUUUGCAGUGGCCAUGGAAGGAGGGGCUAUUAAGUUAUUUGAUUCACGGUCUUAUGACAAGGGCCCAUUUGAUACUUUUCUUGUUGGUGGAGAUAGAGCAGAGGUCUGUGACAUCAAAUUCAGUAAUGAUGGCAAGUCAAUGCUCCUGACUACGACAAACAACCACAUUUAUGUUCUUGACGCAUAUGGUGGGGAGAAGAAAUGUGGAUUCAGCUUGGAAUCAUGUCGUGAUUCCACAAUAGAAGCAACUUUUACUCCAGACGGACAUUAUGUUGUUUCAGGAUCUGGAGAUGGAACACUUCAUGCUUGGAGCAUUGACACAAAAAAUGAGGUGGCCUGCUGGAAUAAUCAUAUCGGUGUCACACCUUCUGUGAAGUGGGCACCACGUCGGGUUAUGUUUGUCACUGCAUCUACAAUUUUAGCUUUCUGGAUUCCUGAUCACUCAAAGAUGAAUUCUGGAUCGACUAGCAAUGAUGUGGACAGUAGAGUAUGACUCUGGUUAUUGUUUCCCAUAACAAGUCACAGUCGCGUGCCCCUGUCAGAGGCAAAACACAACACUGGCAAGUGGAAGAUUAGAAAUUCACUCCAACUGUCGGUUGUUUCCGUACAUUCUGCUUGCUGAGGGAUGGAAUGAAUAGCAAAUAGUGCUAUAAGAAAAUCACAGAGCUCAUGAAGCAAGCUCAUCCCUCACCAAGAAGAAAAAAGAGAAGUAAAGGAACUCAUGUUUAUAUGAUUUGCCGUUUCUGUUUUUUGUUUUCCUUUUUCUCCAGCAGGCCCCCGUCAAAGAAUAUGUGAGUAUUUAGAGGAGACACCGGGGUAUGGAAUUUGAUCAGGUGAUUAAUUUUUGCAUUACAUAGCGUUGCGUCUUAUGUGCAGAGUUAAUAGCAGAAGAGUUAUUUGGGUGUGCCGACUGUAACUGUUGGCAGGAAUGUUGAUCUUAUGGUGAAUGAUUCUGUGCAUUUUUGUCUCCAUCCCCUUUCUUUUCAUGAAACUGUGCAUCGUCCUUCGCGUUUCCGCAUCUUGGCACAGUAUCAUCAUCAUUUCAUUAAAAUGCCUGUGGACAAAGAUACCUUUAUGCACACAUCCUUAUUUUUA